AUUCCCAAGACAUAGCACCCGCCUUUGGGAAAUUCUCAGCCUCAUCUACAACCCACCUUCUUCUCACCUACAGCUUUCGCCGACAACGGCUUGCUCCCACCACAACCCCCCGCGACUCCAUUCGCCUCGUCCAAAUCCCCCAAAUCGACGCGGCAUCAGCUCUCACGGCAAAAGGGUCGACGCUCCGAUCCCUGACCAGCGCGAACUUUAAAACAGUUUCCAACUCCUAUCCCCCGAAUUAACGACCACGAGUCGCGAAGACUCCAAAGAUGUCGCAUCACGCUCCCACCUCGCGCCCGAAGCCCCCUCCGCCGGGCAGCGAAGAGGCAUCGUCCAUCCUCAACCUCGGCGAAUUCCAGCACGUCGACACGCUCACGUUGUCUGAAGCAUCACUCGUCAUCAACGCGCUCGUGACCAAGCGCAAGAUGGAUCGCAAGAACAUUAACGAAACCGAGAUGUUGACACAGACUCUCAACUACCUGGACGCCUUCUCCCGAUUCCGCCAGAAAGAGAACGUCGAGGCCGUCGAACGACUGCUCUCCGCACACAAGCAGCUCGCCAAGUUCGAGCGUGCGCAAAUAGGGUCGCUUUGCUGCGAAACGGCCGAGGAAGCCAAGACACUCAUUCCGUCCCUACAAGACAAAAUCUCCGACGAUGACCUCCAAAUACUUCUCGACGAGAUCAGCAAGCUCCAGAGCAGAUGACGGGCUUAACCGUCGACGAAUUGCACCGCAACUGGACAGAGGCAGAAACGGAGGGGUGUCAGGAGCUGGGUAAUCCCAAUAAAGCCACCCUUCUGUCGUCGCCCAUGACACUGCCCAGCGGUUGAAAACUAGGGAGUCUGCAUGGCCUAAGGUUUAAGGACGAGGAGAGAGAAAAUGGAAUGACUAUGGAAGUGCUUCUGCGCAAGAAGUACAUACUGCAUGUUUGGCGUAAAUCGGAAGGGGAUCAGAUUGUCUUUAAGUAUGUGUUGAAUACCAAAUACCCAUGAAUUCGGCAAAAAGAGAUCACAUCCGU